AUGCGUCAAUAUAUUUUUGUUACAGUAAUAUUAAUAGGAGUUACCUAUGUUUAUGGAGGUACAAAACCGGGAACGUUCUUUUGGAAACCUAGAAUUGGUUUGGAUUUGGUGGUUCAAACAACAGGUAAAACACCCGAUGCGCGUAGAAUACAAAUGCCUAAUAAACAAAAUGUAAGAGCUGGUGUUGUGGUGCUAAUAGAUGGUUAUCAAGCUGGAAUCACACUUAUUAGUUUAAUGGCUGGCUUGUCUAGUGGGUUCGGUCCUGACCCGCAUCUUAAUCCUAUUUCAGCUUAUUAUUUUACCAAUGUAUAUCGAUGGGCGCUGAGAUACUUCAGUCUUAUACCUUACUGGGCUGGAACCCACGAGAGUAAUUUUUGUGAAACGACUAAAGUAUGGCGAAGACGAUUUUAUUAUAUGAAUCAAUUCAUUCCAAAGUGGCUCAAAUACAUAUUUCCUUUUGUGAAAAACGAGGAGUGGGAAAAGGAAGAAAUGGAGUUCAAACGGUUCAAAAAGUAUUCAGAGUCUGCGUUUGGAAAACAUUUUCGAUAUCCGAGUAAAGUUUUUAAUGAUUAUAAAUCUGAAGAAACUCAAGAAACAGCCGAAAAACGUGAUGCGUCGUCUUCUGGUGUCGAUAAAUAA